UGGCGGAUCCGGUCCACGAGAGGAGGGAAGAAAGGAGGAAAAGUUUGGAAAGAAGAAGAAAAGUGAAGUCGGCGAACCCGUUUCCUCUCCGGCUUCGUUGUCGCCGGACGGCAGAGCGACGCGCAGCGGAGCCCGGGGAGCCGCACGGACGGCGGAGCUUCGUAACGCGUCCAUCAUCGGAAUAUCGACGCGUUCUUCCCCCCGCGUAGACGCGGAAAGCCGCCCUUUUGAACGAGAUGCUGUCAGUCAAAACCGGGCAAAGGUGACGAUCAACUGCACCGCCUGGUCCCGGUUGUAAAAGACGCGGUCGGCCCCCCCCCCUUGCACAGGAGAUCCGCAGGAGCCCCCGUGCGGCGCUCUGUGUGCUUCUGACUCGCCUUGGUCCCUCGGCUUUGGCCGCCGCAUCACACCUCCCCGGCCAUGACGGGAUGAGAGGGAGUCGACCUGCCUUUUUAAAUGCCGCGGAAAUGAGAGGAACCCAAACGCUGGGGCGCGCGCGCUGACGCAACUCCGCAGCCGCGUCCGCUGGGUGACACAUCUGGAUAAUAAGCGACUUUUACCUCGACUUGCCAACGAGACGCAGAAGCCCGCAGCCAAUGUCCGCCGGCAGCAGCUCGUCUCCUCCGGCGGUACCGCGACCUCUGCCCCCGCCUCACCAUACAGGUCCGCCGACGCCCUCGCCGUCCCCCAGCCCUCCGGCCACGCUCCACAGCCGGCUGUCCAAUGGAAGCCAGACCGCCCCGAGCCCGACCAACUCCAGGGGCUCCGUGCACGGCGUCUCCUUCCUGCUCCAGAUCGGACUCACCAGGGAAACGGUCACCCUGGACCCGGGCGACCUCUCGCUGUCCGCCGUCAAAGAGCUCGUUUGCUCCAUCGUGGAUCAGAAGUUUCCCGAGUGUGGGUUCUUCGGCAUGUUCGACAAGAUCCUCCUGUUCCGCCAUGACCUGAACUCGGACAACAUCCUGGAGCGCCUGAUGUCGGCAGAGGACAUCCACGAGGGGGACCUGAUUGAGGUGGUGCUCUCCGCUCUGGCCACGGUGGAGGACUUCCAGAUCCGACCUCACACCCUCUACGUCCACUCCUACAAGGCACCGGCAUUCUGCGACGACUGCGGGGAGAUGCUGUGGGGUCUGGUCCGUCAGGGCCUCAAGUGUGAAGGAUGCGGUCUGAACUACCACAAACGCUGCGCUUUCAAGAUCCCGAACAACUGCAGCGGCGUGAGGAAGAGACGUCUGUCCAACGUCUCGCUGCCGGGCUCCGUCCUGUCCGCGCCGCGCUCCUCCCCCACCAUCGAACACGUCCCUGCGCCACAGGAAGAGCAGCGCCCCCUGCUGGGUGCCGGGAAGCGUAACUCCCUGCUGAGCGGCCGGCCCAUUUGGAUGGAGAAGAUGGUUCUGGGCAGAGUCAAGGUUCCUCACACCUUCUCGGUUCACACCUACACCCGACCAACCAUCUGCCAAUACUGCAAACGCCUGCUGAAGGGCCUCUUCAGACAGGGCAUGCAGUGUAAAGAUUGUAAAUUCAACUGCCACAAGAGAUGCGCAGCCAAGGUGCCACGAGAUUGUCUUGGCGAGGUUGACUUCAACGGAGAGCCCGCCAGUCCUGGUCUGGACUCGGAGCUCACCAUGGAGGUGGACAACAGUGACGUGAACAGCGAGGGGGGUCACAGCAUGGAUGACCAGGAGGACCCCACCACCCCUGAAGACAAGAUCUCUGACAUCGAGGGCUUGUGUACGGAGAGCGAGAAGGACGACGAGAUGCUCCGAGCCAUCAGUCCGUCCACCAGCAGCAACAUUCCUCUGAUGCGUGUGGUCCAGUCCAUCAAACACACCAAGAGGAGGAGCUCCACCAUGGUCAAAGAGGGCUGGAUGGUUCACUACACCAGCCGGGACAACCUGAGGAAAAGACAUUACUGGAGACUGGACAGCAAGUGCCUGACCCUGUUUCAGAAUGAAACCGGAGCAAAGUUCUACAAGGAGAUCCCCCUGUCGGAGAUCCUCCAGGUGGAGGCGGCGCGGGACUUCGUCAGCCUGGCGCAGAGCAGCAACCCGCACUGUUUCGAGGUGAUCACGUCCAGCGUGGUGUUCUACGUGGGCGAGAACAACGGCAGCGUGCACACCAACCCCGUGCUGGCAGCCUCCGGCGUCGGGCUGGACGUUGCCCAGAGCUGGGAAAAGGCCAUCCGACAGGCCCUGAUGCCCGUCACCCCCCAGCCCAGCGUCUGCAGCGGCCCGGGGCAGGGCAAAGACCACAAGGAUCUGUCCAUCAGCAUAUCAGGGUCGAACUCCCAGAUAAAAGAGAACGUGGACAUCAGCUCUGUGUACCAGAUCUUUGCCGAUGACGUCCUGGGGUCCGGUCAGUUCGGGAUCGUCUAUGGAGGUAAACACAGGAAGUCUGGCAGAGACGUCGCGAUCAAAAUCAUCGACAAGAUGAGGUUCCCCACCAAACAGGAGAGCCAGCUGAGGAACGAGGUGGCCAUCCUUCAGAACCUGCACCACCCCGGCAUCGUGAAUCUGGAGUGUAUGUUUGAGACGCCGGAGCGAGUGUUUGUGGUGAUGGAGAAACUUCACGGCGACAUGUUGGAGAUGAUCUUGUCCAGCGAGAGGAGCCGGCUCCCGGAGAACCUCACCAAGUUCCUGGUCACACAGAUUCUGGUGGCUCUGCGACAUCUCCAUUUUAAGAACAUCGUCCACUGCGACCUGAAGCCCGAGAACGUUCUCCUGGCCUCGGCAGAACCUUACCCUCAGGUGAAGCUGUGUGACUUUGGCUUCGCCCGGAUCAUCGGGGAGAAGUCCUUCAGGCGCUCGGUGGUGGGGACCCCGGCCUACCUGGCCCCCGAGGUGCUGCGCAGCAAAGGCUACAACCGCUCACUGGACAUGUGGUCCGUCGGGGUCAUCGUCUACGUCAGCCUGAGUGGGACGUUCCCCUUCAACGAGGAUGAGGACAUCAACGAUCAGAUCCAGAACGCCGCCUUCAUGUACCCCCCGAACCCCUGGAGGGACAUCUCAGGCGAGGCCGUGGACCUGAUCAAUAACCUCCUGCAGGUGAAGAUGAGGAAACGCUACAGCGUGGCCAAGUCCCUCAGUCACCCCUGGCUUCAGGAUUAUCAGACCUGGUUGGACCUCCGGGAGUUCGAGACGCGCCGUGGCGAACGCUACAUCACCCACGAGAGCGACGACGCGCGCUGGGAGGAGUACGCUGACGAGAGAGGCCUGCACUACCCCAAGCACUUCAUCAUGGCACCCAACCUGGACGACAUGGAGGAGGACCCCUAGUGGCACGGAGAACCACAUGCACAUGUGACUCUACGGCAAAUAGGGCGAAUCCCUUAUGCCUUUGGUGUACGCCUUGGGUCCCCGCAGCCUGAUGCUGGGAGGAUUAUCACCAUGGGGACUGGGCGUUCAAAAGGCUGGGCUUGCUGUGCAUCACAGGCAACACCUUGCAGUGCAUCAUGGGAACGUCAAGUCAGAUUUAUUUGUAUAGCCAUUCAUCACAAUUUAGUCCCCGAAGGCUGAAUUGAGGAGGCUCUGUGCAGGAAGUCACUGCGAGACGCGGCGUCAUUCAGGUCGAUUUCCAAACAUUCGAGACACCUUUACGUGUUUUCCUAUUUCACUCACUGCCUUUUUUCUAGAAAGCCAUACUGUCUGGACUGCCACGUGAGCCGCCAAGACGACACCUGGAUAUCUGGGUUUUUUUCUCCCAGAAUUCAGCAUUUCGUCUUGUUAAUAACGUCAGUGCACUGCCAGGGCUAGCGAAACGUUCAGACCAAAUCCUCGAGACUGUCAAGACUCUUUCAGCUUGAACAGCAUAUUUUCUUCUGACGUUGUCAUGAUAUUUUUGAAUUUUCUUGAAAAUAUGAAGUUAUUUUUUGAAAUGUUCUUACAAGUUGUUCUUUGUGAUGUCUUUUUUUUAACUGGAACCAAACAUGAAAUAUGCUACAUGAUGAAUAUGUGUUGACUGUUAUGCUUUGUGUUAUUUGUUGGGAUGUCUUUUGCACUUUGGCUCACGUCUCUAAAGGGGAAUUUUACUGAAAGGGAGUUUUAGGUUGUUAUUCUGCAAAAGUCGACAUUUUCUGAGAUUUUCACCAAAUCGUUUUUGUGGUGUUUCGUGAUUAAAGUUCUGAGUCUUUUGCAGGUCUCUUCUUUCUCUGAACUGCGUUGCCUAUGAUGGGUUAUUGUACAUUUUAUAACUUCAUAAACCAUCUCUGAUCCGACUCUGUUUAACUGGUAUUAUGAUUAAAAGUCAUGAUGAGAGUUAAAUACCGGUACGAAAAACGGCAGUCCACAACAUCUUCUGUCAGACUUCUCAGGAACAACUAAAAAAAACUCUAGAAAUGUUUUUUUUUCCAAAGAUGAUUCUUUUGCAGAAUAACAGCAGGAGAAAUGUCCUCUGGCUCCCUCGGAGACGAAAGAGUAAGACUAGCUGUGAAUCAGG